CAAGGGGAAGGUCUGGCUCGACCCUAAUGAGGUCAGCGAGAUUUCCAUGGCAAACUCUCGCCAAAACAUUAGGAAGUUGGUAAAGGAUGGUUUUAUUAUUAAGAAACCUAUGAAGAUUCACUCCAGAUCUCGUGCUAGACGCAUGGCAGAAGCAAAGAGGAAGGGACGCCAUUCUGGAUAUGGUAAGCGCAAGGGUACUAGGGAGGCUAGGCUACCCACCAAGGUUCUGUGGAUGAGGAGGAUGAGGGUUUUGAGGCGUUUGCUUAGGAAAUACCGGGAAGCUAAGAAAAUUGACAAGCACAUGUACCAUGAUAUGUAUAUGAAGGUGAAAGGAAAUGUUUUCAAGAACAAGAGAGUUCUGAUGGAGAGUAUCCACAAGUCUAAGGCAGAAAAGGCAAGAGAAAAGACAUUGUCUGACCAGUUUGAAGCCAAGAGGGCGAAGAGCAAGGCGAGCAGGGAGAGGAAGAUUGCUAGAAGGGAGGAACGUUUGGCUCAGGGCCCUGGAGAAAAAGCACCACCUGCAGUAGCAGCUACAGCUCAAUCAUCCGACUCUCUCCCCAAGAAAACAAAGAAGUGAGCUUAGCACUGACUGAGACGAUAUUCUGAAACAUGGAAAUUAAGUAGAUUUUUACAGAGUCUGGUAGUUCUUAACAGUCUAGACUAUGUGAAAUAUAUUUUUGAUAUUUUCCCCACCCUUUUAUCAAACUAUGAAACAGUGUAUGGAGAUAAUGCAUGUUGAUUUCAAAACCCAGUUUUUAUUUAUUUAUUGUUACUGUGAUCUUAAUUUCUUU